ACUUCACGGAGCUUACUCUCAACUGUCUGGAUAGAGGUAUACACGAAAUAAAGAUUAAUCCCUGCCUAACGAUUUGGAAAGAUCAAAUGUGAACAUUUAGCGACCAUGGAUUCCAAAACCCAAGGAUCAUCCCUUAAGGUACUGGUAAUUGAGGAUUCUGAACUUCAGAGCAUGAUUCUCCUGGCAAUGUUGCGUCGAUGCAACUGUGAGACAGCUCGGGCAGAGAAUGGGAAAGAAGCUGUGGAUCUGUACCUUGAAGGCAAGACAUUUGAUAUUAUUUUGUGCGACAAGCAGAUGCCCAUAAUGAAUGGCCCAGAGGCAAUAGUGAAAAUCCGUUCUAUGGGAGCCACUGAGGUGAAGAUUGUUGGUUUGUCUGCUGAUUCUGAUGCCACCGAGGAGUUCAUAAGUGAUGGUGCAGAUAUGUUUGUGGCCAAACCAAUGAAGCUCGAGGUCUCAAGGAUAUAG